UCUCUAUAUAUUAUGCUAGUUGGCUGUAUUCCCACCCAUUUACAAUUCCCCUCUCUCUCUCUCUCUCUCUCUCUCUCCAUCUCCAAAAGUCAGCGCCUUCUUUUGUCUCUUUUUCCUGCGUCUUCUCUCUCUACCAAAGUCAAAGGGAUACACAAGAAAUGGGGGAUGAUUGGGAUCUACAUGCGGUGGUCAGAGGCUGCUCAGCUGCUGCCGCCGCCGCUGCUGCCUCCUCGUCCGCAGCCACCGCCACCACCGCCGCUUCUCCUCUGUUCCAGCCGAGGCAAGACCAAGACUUGCUCUGCUUACAAGAUCUGCUUGAAUUUGGGGCGGCGAGAAAUGAGAACAGACGCCGCUUUAACGACGACUUGCAUGAUCUCUACCGGCCUUUCUUCCCGCCGCCGCCGCCUCCGCAGCCGUCUCUGCAACGAACACAGCCGCCGCCGCCGCCGCUCUCCCCGCAGAGCACGCCAAUCUCGCCCCUCUCUGUUCUCGGAGGAUUACCAGAUCUGUCUCCCUCCCACCAAAUCCUCAAACCGCACAUUUCUCCCGCGGCGACAAUCAUUCACCCCAAGAAACAGCCUUUCCCCGUAAAUAUUUCUUCUGCAACUAGUCCUGCUACUCCGAAUACUCAAAGCCCAAGAAGCAAAAGAAGAAAGAACCAGUUGAAGAGGGUGUGCCAAGUUCCUGCUGAGGCUUUAUCUUCUGAUGUGUGGUCUUGGAGAAAAUAUGGGCAAAAACCCAUCAAAGGCUCCCCAUACCCAAGGGGUUACUACAGAUGUAGCACCUCGAAGGGGUGUUUGGCCAGAAAACAAGUGGAGCGGAAUAGAUCUGACCCGACUAUGUUCAUCGUCACCUACACAGCAGAGCACAACCACCCUAUGCCUACCCACCGGAACUCGCUCGCCGGCAGCACCCGCCAAAAGCCGGCGGCGGCCUCCUCCGGGGAUACCAUGAAGUCCGGCGCCUCGCCGGCGCCGGAAAAGCAAGAAAGCAGCAGGGACGAUAUGUUUGAGGACGAAGACGACGAAUUCGGCGUCUCCAACAUGGCAAUCGAUAGCAUGGGCCCCGACGACGACUUCUUCGAGGGCUUGGAAGACCUCGGCGGUGAUUGUUUCCCCGAUAAUUUACCCGGCCAGUUGCCGUGGCUCACCAACAAUGCAACAACAACGGCGGCCGGCGGUGGUUGACUAGCUAAAAAAAGUAAAAGGGUGGGGGGGGGGGGGGUGUGGGGGUGAAGAAAUGAUGCUUUUCUUCUCUCUCACUUCUCUUUCGCUUUCUUGUAGUAUCUUUUCUAGCCGUUAGAGAUGGGAAAAAAACUCGAAAGUAGAGUAAGGGAGAGACGGAGACAGAAUCGGAUAAUCACAAUGUUCUCGUACGUGUUAACGUAUGAUUGUGAGAGGAUUAUAGAUGUCAAACAAAAAAGAUAGGUUCCCAUUUUUUUUUUUUUUUAAAUUUCGAAAAACAUUAUUCCGUCUAGGUAAAAUUCCUCCUAAUUUUUAGCCUUUGUUAGUGGUAUUAUAUUGUGUAUGAUCGAUUGAUCGAUCAGGGUACAUAAUCUUAAAUGUCAUUAGGUGAUGUUAUUUCUGGACAAUCAUGAUUGUAAUCAAUUUCUCAAACAGCUUUUCAUAAUUCAUGCCCUUUUUGGUGUUUGCUUAA